AGCAAGUCAUCGUGAGGCUUACAAAUGAAGGGGCAAAGAUUAAUUCAGGAUUUUAUAAUUCCGCAUUUGAACAACAAAACCUUUGAUGAUUUACUUAUGUGGGAUUCAGAGGACCCCAGCAUUUUCAAGAUUAUGUGGUUGCACAAAGCUAAAUCAUCAUGGACAUCUAAAGAUGCAGCUGUUUUCAUAGCCUGGGACCGUUUAAAAAACAGACCCCCUCCAAAGACGCCGGCUGACUACGUGAAUUCUAAGCAAAGAUUAAGAGCUGCUUUACGAAAUAUGAGAACGAUUGAAGAAGUGUCAGCCACUGGUGGCUACAGAAAGUACCGUAUCAAAGACAUGCAAGACAUAGAAGCUACGAGAUGCACUCCUAAAGAAAAUAAAAUAAAAAGAGAAAUCAAAAGUGAAAUUACAGAGCAAUUGAAAGACAUCCAAGGGACCUGCACCCCUAAAGAGAAAAAAAUAGAACGAAAGAGUGAAAAUGCAGAGACAGCAAAACCUGGCUGCAGUUUUUGGCAAAACGCAGAUGAUGAAAAAAAUCUUCCAAACCCUGAACCACAACCUGGCUUCAGCAAUGACGAAAAAAAGCCUCCCGUCCCUAAACUUGUGGUUGCUCUUAAAGGGAAAGGAUAUGUUUGUCUACCAGAAAAAAAUAAAUCAUCGCCUCUGGAAACAGAAAUUUUGGAUGAAUUGAUAUUAGCUCCAAAAA